UGUUUGUGGAUAGGACUUUUUGUUUUUCUUCUUGCUAUAUCUGCUCAGACUCAAGAAAACGUAAGUGCAAAUUUAGGUGACAGCAUCACACUGGAGUGUAAUGCAUCACCAGCAGAUGAUGUAACAUGGGAAACACCGACAGAGAGACGAUAUGAAAUCAAAAUCACACUGGCUAAUGCUACAAAGGAAGACAUGGGCGUGUAUGUGUGUUAUAUCAAAAACACAACAGGGGUGUUCGUAGCUACAACCAUCAAUUUGGUAGUAGAAUAUCCAGCAACUAUAUUUGAGGUUAGCUUUCUAAAGAACGUAGCAACGCCUGAAGAUGAUAAAACAAUGGUGGCAGUUGUAGACGGAUAUCCAUUUCCUUAUACGAGUCUUACUAAUCAAAAUACUGAGAAGAUAUGGUUUAACCUAACAGGCACAGGAAACAUUACAUUUCGAAUGAAAAAUGUCACGUGUGGUGAUUCGGGGAAGUAUGAGAUAAGAAGUAGUAAUUCGUGGGGAGCCGACACAAAGUAUGAGACUUUACUUAUUGAAGAACCACCUGUGUUCGACCUAGAUGAGAGUUCAAAUACUAAACAGUUUCCAAGAAUUGGAGAUUCCAUUAACCUUCUAGUCAAAAUCGAGGGUUGUCCAAAACCUUUAUUUAUCUGGAGUCAUGGCGUGGAAAUGAUACCGCAUAAGGAUACGGCCUUCACAACUACAGCGAACAUCUCUGUUAGUAAUGCAGAUGCAUUUGGAGAG